ACGGAAGGAUUUGGAAGCCGGACCAGAAGGACCAACUUUGGUGCUGAAGAAGGCAUGGCAGGAGCGGGACCCGAUUUAAAGUCCCCGGUGCUGAAGCACCGGCGCACGACCCUCGAACGGGGGGAGAAGUUUAUUUCGCAGGAUUAUUUUGUGGAUUGCAACCUCCGGGGAAGACUGUUUGGUGACACAUGUGCAUUGGCCUCUCUGUCUUACUUUGAAACUUCUAAACGAAUUCCAUACAGUGAAGCUAUCAGAGAAGAAUUCAGCCCUAUUAAAGUUGGAGAUAGUUUUGGACAGACGUGGCACACCUGCUGGUUUAAAGUAGAACUCAGCAUUCCCAAGAAAUGGACCGGAAAGGAAGUGCAUCUUCUUUGGGAAAGCGAUGGAGAAGGAAUGAUUUGGAGGGAUGCUCAGCCCAUUCAGAGUUUGACUCGAGAAGGUGAGAAGACCAGUUACAUGCUGACAGACAGUCUAAAGGAGACGGAACCUCAUGGCUUGACCCUCUAUCUGGAAGUUGCCUGCAAUGGUCUCUUCGGAGCAGGGAAAGGCAGCAUGAUCGCACCCCCGGAUCCGGACAAAACGUUCUCCUUGAAUAGAGCAGAGUUGGUGGUUUACAACCGGGAUGUCCAUGAGCUUCUGGUGGACUUUGAAAUCCUCUUGGACAUGGCCAAGCUCCUCGGAGAGGAAAACCAGCGGAGCUUCCAAGCGCUUUACGCGGCGAACCAGAUGGUGAACCUGUGUGACGUCAACAACCCGGCAACCUUCCCUGCGGUGCGGGAACUGGCCCGCUCUGUUUUCUGCCAGAAAAACGGAGACAGCCAGCACAUCAUCCAUGCCAUGGGCCACUGCCACAUUGAUACUGCUUGGUUGUGGCCUUACGAAGAGACGGUCCGUAAAUGUGCCCGCAGUUGGGUAACUGUCAUACGCCUGAUGGAGAAGAACCCAGACUUCAAAUUUGUCUGUUCACAGGCCCAGCAGUUUGAAUGGGUGAAGACUUAUUACCCUGGCUUGUAUGCUACCAUUCAAGAAUUCGCAAGAAGAGGACGCUUCAUACCGGUCGGGGGAACCUGGGUGGAAAUGGAUGGAAACCUUCCAAGUGGAGAAUCCAUGGUUCGUCAGUUCCUGCAAGGACAGCGUUUCUUCCAGCAGGAAUUUGGGAAGCUGUGCUUAGAGUUCUGGCUGCCUGACACAUUUGGUUAUUCAGCACAACUGCCACAAAUCAUGCGUGGCUGUGGGAUACGUCGUUUCUUAACUCAGAAGCUGAGUUGGAAUCUGGUGAACACUUUCCCGCACAACACCUUUUUCUGGGAAGGCAUGGAUGGAUCCCAGGUUUUGGUUCACUUCCCUCCUGCAGAUUCCUAUGGAUUGUCUGGUCAUGUGGAUGAGAUGUUGAGAACGGUGAAGAAUAAUAAGGACAAGGGCCGUGUGAAUCACAGUGUCGCUCUGUUUGGGUUUGGAGAUGGAGGAGGGGGCCCCACACAGAAGAUGCUCGACAGGCUACAGAGAAUGAAGGAUACCGAUGGGCUACCCAGGGUCCAAAUGUCUGUCCCAGAUCAAUUUUUCUCUGCCCUGGAGACGGAAAAGGCUCAGUUCUGUACUUGGGUUGGAGAGCUGUUUUUGGAACUGCAUAAUGGUACCUACACAACUCACGGGCAGAUUAAAAAGGGAAACAGGGAAUGUGAGCGUUUACUCCAUGAUGUCGAGAUCCUGAGUAGUUUGGCUCUGGUGCAGAAACGUUCCUUCCAGUAUCCUUCUGCUCAGCUUCAGCACCUUUGGAGGCUGCUGCUCUUGAACCAGUUCCACGAUGUCUUACCAGGCAGUUGUAUCCAGCUUGUAGUAGAGGAUGCCAUGCGGUACUACUCAGAAAUCUGCAGUUCUGGAGCCCAGCUUCUAAAAGAGGCCACCCAUUCUUUGUGCACACAAAUGUUGGCCAGCAAGGACAAGAGCAGCGAUACCGUCCUGGUUGUCAACACUUUGCCAUGGGAAAGAACCGAAGUCGUUUCCAGAACUGGACCACAAGGACCUGAGACUUUAGCUUUGGUGACAGUUCCCAGCCUGGGCUUCUGUGCUGUUCGAGAGUCAUUCUCUCCUCCACAUCCUGUGACCGUCAACAAAGAGCCUACUUUAAAUAACAGCCCUGACUGCACAGCUUUGUCAUCCACAGGUUCUUUCCAAGAAGCUGGGGUAAUCCAGCAGGCCUACAGCUUGAAUUUUCCUCUUCAUGUCCUGGAAGGCGCUCCUCUUGGGCCAUGUCCAGUCUGGAGUGCCUUUUCUGUCCAGUCUCCAGCUGUUGUCCUUGAAACAAUAAAGCAGGCUGAGGACAGGCCAGGUGCCUUGGUGGUCCGACUUUACGAGUCCUACGGCAGCACCGUUGACACCUGGCUCCAGAUGGGCUUCCCCAUUCAAGAGGCGGCCGUGUGUGACCUCCUUGAAAGACCUGAUCCCAACACCUCCUUGGUUCUGGAAGAACGUCGAUUGAAGCUUUCCUUUCGGCCCUUCCAAAUACUCUCUAUCCUGCUGGUCUUGAGGGGACAAAGCAGGGAUUGAGGCUUGCAACAGACUGCUCUUCUAAGGACUCCACAGCUGGAGCUUCUGUUGUUUGCCUAACACAGGUGAAGAGCACCAGGGACGGAUUACAGGGAUGGGCUAACAGGUAGUCCUCAAUUUAUGAUCACAGUUGGGACUGGAGCUUUAGAGCCGUGGGGGCACAUUGCCUAGAAUGCAGCAUUGCAGGUUAAUCUAAUGUCCACUGUCAGCAGUUCGGUCCUGACCAUCUCAAGGUUGGCUCAGCCUUCCAUCCUUCCGAGGUCAGUCAAAUGAGCACCCAGAUUGUAGUUGGGGGCAAGAGGCUGACUCUAUA